AUGACAGAAACCUAUCCCAUCGGCUCCCGCAGCGAAUGCGAACGUCUUGUCAAAGACUGGGGCUUCAAGCAUGUUUUCACCUGGGCCGACGGGAGCAACGCAUACUAUCCGCCUCAUACGCAUGGAGGACUAACAACGCAUCUUAUCCGUCGCGGGACGUUGACGAUAACCUAUCCCGAUGAUAAUGCCAAUCUGCACAAUGGGGAGGUCAGGAAGGAGACGUUUGGGGUUGGGGCCAGGGUGGAUGUGCCUGCUGGCAAGCGGCACGAGGUUUGGAUUGGGGAUGAGGGGUGCGAGUAUGUAAUUGGGGAAUAG